UUGGGAUCAGGAGGGUUAAGAAAACAAAUAUUAAAAAUACAAAAUUAUGUUAAAUUUAUGUUUUGCCACCAAAAAGGAUAUUACGUGCUUUUCUCCUUUACUUGCUGACUGACUUGGCGUACCCUUGUUGGAAUAAUGGCUGAGUAUUCAAACUACAGUAAAAUUCCAUUGAAUGAACAUCGAUCCCAGCAAUAUGUACCAGCCGAAGUCCAGGCAGAUGAAACUGAUACAUCAUCAAUAUAUCACAAAGAAGAUGGAGAUAAACAACCGUCACUUACUUUACUGAAAAAUCAACACUUUGCCAAACCUGAAUUAUAUUCUGAAGGGGAUCAACCACCUCCAUAUACACUAGUUGAACAUAUAUGUGUUGUAACAGAUACCUCUCCAACAUUCAACAACGUGCCUGCUUUGGUAGAUCAACCAACGUCCUUAGCUUCUUUCGUUCCAUAUGAACUUGAGUAUCAAAAGAUUUCUACUACAAAGACAAAGAUGGAGGAUAUCGAUGAACCUCCAGCACCCGGUUCCAAUUAUCGUUGGUUAGCCAUUUUGUGUCUCUGCUGUUCCGUGAUACCAGGUGGGAUUGCUUUCGCUUAUGCCACCAAAGCAAACAAAGCGAGAGCACGAGGUGAUUAUGAUGCAGCAAGAAAAUAUAACCGUUGGGCUUUGAUUUGGAUAGUUUCAUCAUUUGUUUGUGGAAUUUUUUCAAUCAUCUCUUAUCUCAAAUAUGAAAAAUGGGGCCCUUAAAAUAAUAACCAGUCGCAGUGUUUAUUCUUACCAAAUACUUGUGAAUGCAUUAUUAGUAAACGACAAAGCUGAACGAGCUAUAACAAUUAAACAUCUCAGGUCUAUAAGUGGUUCAGUUUAAGAAGUUUCAAUGGCUGAGUAUUUAUGUUGAACAAAUUUUCUUACUGACAUGUUAUAUU